AUGGUGGGCCCGAGAAUGAAAUCCUAUACAUGGACAAAGCUCCUGCUUGAUCGCGACAGCGCAAUGAGAAAUUGGAGUGCAGACGUUGAUAUAAUUGAAGGGAAUGGAGUUCUCAAGCUCCCUGACUUUAAGCAUGAAGCACGCGAGGUGUGUGCUGACUUUUUGCGAGGCGUCUAUACCUAUACUAUGGACUAUCUCAAACAGCGUCUUGGCCCUCCGAUCAUGCAGGUGACUCCAUUGGAAUUCUGGUUUACGGUUCCAGCGAUUUGGUCCGACAAAGCGAAAGAAGAGACCAUGAGGGUAGCCACAUCUGCCGGGUUUGGCUCUCGCACCCAAGACAAAAUCUCCAUGAUCACCGAGCCUGAGGCGGCUGCGGUUGCAACUCUGAGCACACUCUCCGAUGAUGACCUUGGACUUAAGGUGAAAAUCGGAGACGGCGCCAUCAUUUGUGACUGUGGAGGAGGAACCGUUGAUAUUGUCACUUACAAGAUAAAGCAGCUGAAGCCAGUUAUCCGAUUCGAAGAGCUUCUACCUGGUACUGGAGAUAAAUGUGGCUCGACUUAUAUCGAUCGGGAAUUCUAUAAGUGGAUGUCCAAGAGAUUUGGAAAAGCAUUCGAUAACAUGAGCCCCGAUAAAAAGAGGCCAGGAAGUCGAUUCAUGAAGGAUUUUGAGAGUCAUAAGCGUGACUUUGGGUCUUCGAGCAAUCUUGAUCAGAAGCUUGAAAUUGAGCUUGUGAUACCAGGAGCAAAGGAUUCUGAUAUCUACGACGAAGACAAUUCCCUCGUGCUUGUCACCAAUCGCACAAUGGAGUCAUUUUUCCGACCUAUUGUUGACAAAAUAAAAAGAUUGCUGUGUGACCAGCUCGAACAGCUGAAGAAAUCGAAUGCCUCGAUCCAGACUAUUCUACUCGUUGGAGGGUUUGGCGAUUCGCGCUACCUGAACAAUUCGCUUCGUGAAUGGUGUCGGAGCUAUGGUAAAAUCUAUCUUCUGUGUCCACCUGAUCCACAAGCGAGUGUUGUCAAGGGCGCUGCAUUACGCGGGUUGAAAGGCCUAGUCCCCGAAAAGCGCAUUGCUCGAGUCCAUUACGGGGUGAAAGUGAUGCUCCAUUUUCGUGAACAGGUCGAUCCCCAAGAUACAAUCUGUUACUGGGAAUGGGAUGGGCUGAAGUAUUGUAACGAUCGGAUGAAUUGGCUCAUUAACAAGGGAGACGCAAUUACUCCAGAAGACUGCCCUAAGCAGGAACUCCUGCUUUUGCACAAAGCGGGCGAUACUUUGAGCUUUUCAGAAGAGAUUUAUACAUCUACAGAGGAUACUGCCCCCGAGUGGUAUCGGUCCAAGCCAACUCGCCAGAUUGCAACGAUCAAUUAUACAUUUUCCGAGAGCGACCUGGCGUUAUUUCCGGUAAAGAAGAGCGCCUCUAACCAGGACAUGCGCAGGCUAUGCAUCAGUGUUCAAGUAAACGCGAUUGCAAGCAAGGGCUUGCUAGAAUUCAGGAUCAUUGGCCCGGGAGGGAGAGACAUGGGCAAAGCAACCAUCGACUAUGAAUAG